GCUCAUGCCGACCCCCACCCCCCUCCCGGUCGGGAUCCUCCGCCUGCCCUGGGGUCCCGACGGUUCCGCUCGUGGCUUCGACCCCGACUCCCCCCGUUUCCAGGCCCACCGGGGAAGUUCCCGCCGGGACCAGGAGACCCGGGCCCGGCUCCGGGAGCGUUUCCUGCGGGCUCUGGGGGUCGCUCGGGACCGGCCCGCCCGGUUCUGCCUCCGGGAGGGAAUCCGGGUCGAGGCCGUUUUCGGCACCGCCGACGUGGAACUGGCGGCUCUGCAAGUGGAAGGGCUGGAAACCCCCCUGGGGGUGCAGGAGACGGCCUUGCUGAGGGAGCAGGACCUGCUCAGCUUCUCCUUCCUCCUCAACUGACCCUCCUCCCAGCUCCAGGGAACCCCAAAAUCCCCUUUUUUCUACCCAAAAAUUGAGGGAACGUCGGGGUGGAGAGAGAAGACG